CAUCAGCUUUCACCUUGCUCAGCCUUGCUGAUCUAGUGAUCUCGAUCGGGAGAAAGGAGGCUAUUUUAUUUUGACAGCUUACGCGUAUCACUUAGGCUCAGCGAUUACGUUGGGCUAACACGUGUUUUCAAAAUGACAUCGCUUGAAGUAAGGAAUUGGACGCCGGAGUAUUACGUCGCAAAUCAGUCGAACUGCGAGCAGAUUCUAGACGGUCCAGAUGCACGGACGGAUAUACCCUUAUUGAACGGCGCUCAAUCGCAUGAUAUCAAAGACAAAGAGUUGGUCAGAUUUCGAGGGAUGAUUCAGGAUAUAUACAAUCCUGAGUAUUAUUUUAAGCAGUACGAGGUGAAGAACACGAACACUGGGGAGAGCGACGUUAGAUGUGGAAUGUACACGGAUGCGGCUCGUUGCCUGCCGCACGAGGAAAUUUUGAUGUACUCCAAGAAGAAUAAAAACGCCGAGAGACAAACUUAUAUUGUGAUCUCUGUACCUGGACUAAAUGACUGGGCGAGGGAAAGGAGCACGAGCACACGGACGCCUGAUUCAACAACAUGCAAUAAGAGUAUCAACAAAAGGAGCCUGGAUCAUGACAACUUGGAGGAAAUGGACUGUUCGGAAUCUACAACGGCGCACAAUGACAGUAUCGGUAAAAGGAAUCUGGCUGAUAACGUGGAGGAAAUGGACUGUUCGGAACCUGUUACAAAAAAAGAGAAAGUCUCGGCGGAUAACAACGAUGCAAACACGAGCGGUGCUCAUUGCAGUACGAAAGUUCAAAGUAUGUUGUCGGAAGAGCACAUAUUGAAUUUUCCGAUCCCGAUCGACGAAGGAAAAGCUUGCAUAGUAAAGAUUUACAAUGACACUGUCUUAAAAUUGAACCAGAUUAUCGAUGUAAUAGGAUUUAUAUCGUUGGAUCCAAUAUUAAGUACAAUUCAUGGUUCAGAUGAUGAAAUGGACGAGGCAGAAAUACGUACUCACAAUCCACCGGCUUCCCUGGUACCCCGGUUACACGCAAUAAAAGUGAUUGAGCUUACAAAACCGCCAAUUAUAAAUGCUCCGGAAAUUAUAUCUAAAGCACAACUCAUCAGAAGUGAUUUGCACAUAGUAUUGAGUCAGUUGCUGUACGGAGACACUUUAGCUGCGGAUUACUUGAUAUGUCAUCUGCUUUCCACGAUAUACGCGAGAAGAAACUUAUUGUGCCUUGGUGCAUUUCCGUUAAACAUAACGAAUUUCCCAGCGAGUGAACUCUCGGACCGUAAGCCUUUUCCGAAGGAAUUUUAUGACUUCUUGACGUUGUUCGUAAGGAAAAGCCAUUAUUUGGAGGUGACUUUGGAAAAUCUGAACGAACUGGCUUUAAUCCCGAAGAAGGAUUACGAGUGCAACAGACUGACGAGCGGUAUUCUCCAACUGAGCGAUAACACGCACCUCGUACUAGACGAGACGGGAUUAACCGCCGGCACGCUCACUGCAACCGGCAAGGACAAUUGUAAAGCUCUCUCCGAUCUGCUUAUGUUUCAAAAACUGAUGUACGACUUCAAAUAUUACACAAUCGAAUACCUAACGGACAUUCCCAUUCUAAUCUUUUCGUAUGUUUUAUCGUUCGUAUAUUGCCCUAUGCAAAUUGCUUUGAAAGUCGAUGCAGAAUCGAAAGAAUUACACAGGGAGGUAGUUGAUGCUGCGCAUCAGUAUUUGAAGGACGAGAAUCGAUUGGCGAAUAUUCGCCAGUACAUAGAAGCCUUGAGGCACGCGGAUUUUACUAUUAACGAAGAAAUUACAACAAUUAUUCAGAACGAUUUUGUGGAGAUUCGCAAAAGGCACAGUAAUGUAAACGCGGACGAUCUACACGCAUUAAUGGUUUUCGCCAGAUUGAUGUCCUUGUCUUACGGGAAAACUACGUUAGACAAAGAAUUCUGGGAGAAAGCUGUACAGCUGGAAGAUGAAAGAAGGAGCAGGCUGUCACUUCCGCAGCGCAACAGCUAGAAACCAUAUUUCCGUGACCAUCAUCUUAUGCACGCGUGUGCCCCGUUUCGUCGAGGUACGCAUCGUCAAGGACUCUCUCAAC